AUCACAAAUUCAAGGGCAAGUGACUCUGCAAUCUAUAUGCUGAGAGUGGAGGGACCUACAGGGUUCGAAACGGGGGAUGCAAGCCUUACGGUCUCCGAGGUUCUGUCCAAGCCCAGCUUGUCUGUCUCUCCAUACCCUUUCCUAUUGGAGUUUGACUCUCUCCACUUAACUUGCAACACCUCCUCUAAACUCGCCAAGGUCGUCUGGUUCUGGAACAGAGAGCCUCUCAGGAGUAACCCUCAGAUCCAGUUGUCUGACAAUAAUCGGACUUUCGCCAUCCAACGCAUUGUCCGCAGUGAUGCUGGGAUCUAUCAGUGUGAAGUGUCCAAGGCAGCCUUCAUCGAAAUGAGUGAUGUUACAUACAUUGAAGUGAUCUAUGGUCCCGACACCCCUGUGAUCCAGACGGAUGAAACGUCCUACGCUGAGCAUUCCAAACUUUCCCUCUCCUGCAAAGCGGUUGCAUUUCCCGUGGAGUAUUCUUGGUUUCACAAUGGGAAGGAGCUCAGCAAAGGAUCUGUGCUGCGCAUCUGCAAUGUUACUGUGCUGGAUUCCGGGACUUAUACCUGCCAGGCAUUGAAUGGCCUUAGUCACCGCAUGGCAAAUGCCACCCUAGAGGUUGAGGUGGUGGCAAGUGAAUAACCUCAAUGUGGCCCAGCCUCACCAUCUGUUGCCAUCGACCCAGUCCCAUUUCUGACCCCAAUAUCCUUCUGCCCACCCACCAAAGGGUUUCGCUUUCUUUUGAUCAUUACACAGCCGGCAUCGCUUUCCAUUCUGUCUCAAGCUUCUCCCUUGACCAGGAAUGGCAGAUAAAAUCGCUUCGAUGCAAACAUGAAUGAAUUUACUUAGGAACUUCCAAAUAUUGGAUGAAGCCAGUCUUACGCAGAGAAGACCCACUGAAAUCAAUGGGCAAAUCAAGGAACCCUGUUGAUUUCAACAGGAUGGCUCUGGAUAUGACUGAAGUGGAGUAUCACCCAUUCUCUUCCCUUCUUCCCUUCCCUCUCUCAAUGGACUUUCCACUCAAGUACAGAAAGAGUUUCUUGGGAGUAUAAUAGAAUGUUCCCUUUGUCUGUGAAAUGUGCUGUGUACACACCAUACCUUCAAAGCAGAUUCUUUCCCCCAAAGAAUACUGGAAACUGGAGUUUGUUAAAGCGUGCUGGGAAUUGUAGCUCUGUGAGGAGGAAACAGGAGAGUCAGUGUGGUGUAGCGGCUAGAGUGUUGGACUAUGACCUGGGAGACCAGGAUUCGAAUCCCCAGACAGCCAUGAAGCUCACUGGGUGACCUUGGGCCAGUCACUGCCUCUUAGCCCCAGAGGAAGACGAUGGUAAACCACCUCUGAAUACCGCUUACCAUGAAAACCCCAUUCAUAGGGUCGUCAUAAGUCAGGAUUGACUUGAAGGCAGUCAAUUUCCUUCCGAGGAAGAAACUACAGUUCCCAGGAUUUUUUUUUUAAGGGGAGUGUACUUUAAAGGUAUGGUGUGUAUGUAUCCCUGGUCUUAAAGAGCUAGCAAAACGCUGCUGUUUAUGCAAGAACAUUUAUAUUGCAUAUCUCAGAUUGUCCCUUUUUAUCUGGCAAAAGAUUAGCUCCCCCCAUUCCCCAAAAAGCGUUCUGCAACCAGUUUUCCUUGACCUCUGCCUGAGUUCAACCUGGAUUUAUCUUACGUUAUUUUUAUUAGCAAAUAAAAAUAUUCAACAUGGCCACAGCAGUUGAUUGAAAGGACAGCAGGUUACCAAAUUAGUUAUCAGGGAGAGGAGGCAGGAAGGACUUGUAAACUGUGAGAUCAGAAGGGAAUGAAAUGCAGAAAAGUGCAGAUGGCAAUUUCCCCAUUUCCUGUCUUUUAGAGAUUCCCUUUGCACCUUUAGAAGUUUUAGCAGCACCCAGAGCUGUGUCCUUCCUUCAGUCUUGGACCAGAUUUCUGAGCACAGUAUUCCUAUCUUGCUUCAUGGAUUUUGCCAUAAGAAUGAGCAGCAUUUCUCUAACUGUAUGCUGUGUUGCCGUAUUUUAGGAACUGCUUUCAAUAAGUACAUAUACUGAAG